CUGGUUGCAUCCGUCUCUCUCUCUCACUCUCUCACUCUCUCUCUCCAAGAUUGUAUCGAUCCCUUUUCAUAAAGGGUGACUGCCUUUUUCACUGCUGCUGUUGUGCUUCUGCGCGUUUUGUUCUCCUACUACUACACCAGAAGAAUGAGCAGUUUCAUCUGCAUCUAUUUCAGCCCCUCUUAAUUUGGCUAAAUCUCGUCCUCAUCCUCCUCCUCCACCACCACUAUUUCUUACUCUCAGUCUCCUAAACUCUUACUAUGGACUCAACACACAGCACCAGCCUACGGCCCUCCAGCGGCGGCAGCGACGACUUCCACUCCCGCUUCGACACCCUCUCCGCUUUCCUACACUCGUCCUCCUCCACCGCUGCCGUCACCUUCCCGCCUUCCCAUACACCGUCAAUCUCCUCCUCCGACGGCCACCACUUCUUCGACUACUCCUACCUCGACUCCACCAUCGCUGCCGCUGCUGCCCCUUGGCCUCGCUCCCUCAUCCCCAACCCCUCCACUCACACCGCUAUCGCUGCCGGCAGCCUGUCAUCGUCGUCGGUGCGACCACCACCCGACCAGUCCAUCGCCGCGGCGACAGCGCCGCGGAGCUCGAAGAAGCGCUCCAGGGCCUCGCGCCGGGCGCCGACGACCGUGCUGACCACCGACACCUCCAACUUCCGCGCCAUGGUCCAAGAAUUCACCGGAGUCCCCUCUCCUCCCUUCGCCGCCGCUGCCUCCGCAUCCCCCUUCGCCCGCUCCCGCUUCGACCUCUUCCACUCCGCCGCCCCUUCUCCUCCCCAUUUCCUCCUCCGUCCCUUACCCCAGAAGGUCCGAUCCCCUCCCUCCACCGCUAUUACUAAUCCCGCAACAUCUCGUCCUCCUACUUUGAGCAACACGAUCACUACUGCAGCCGAUGCCAACGGCAACACUAUCACUCCUACCGACAACACUAACUACCGACUACCUUCCCAUGACCUUGGCCAUGGCGGAGGCCGAAGCCAACCUAUUGUGAACCCCCAGAUCCCCAUCCUCGACUUGCAAUCCCAUCUCCAAGCCCCACUGCUCCAGCCAAAGUACAGUCUACCCGCCAUGGCGUCAAGCUUCUCGGCGGGGCACAGCAUGAACGACCUCCGCGGGCUCCCGCCGGGGCUCGUCAACACAGUUGAAGCAGACGGCGGCGAUGACACAACGGAGUUGAGGCCGGUCACUGUUGGUGACUACAGAGGCUGCAAGCCGAACUACCCUACUUCGGACCCGUCAGACUUCAACAGGAACAAUGCAUCGGAGAGCUUUGUGGCGACGAGGCGUGAUGAGGGCAUGGUGGAGUCAUGGAUUCAUUCUUCUGAGUAGAAGCUAGAGAAGCACGAUGUAGUUAGAUCGAAGAGGCUGAGGAAGAAGAGCUCUCGCUGCCUUUUCUUCUCGUGCAUGUGACACCAUCCUCUUCUUUGUCUUCUCUAAUUGGUACGUAGACGAGGUUCCUCCAUUUCUUUCUCUUCAGAAUUAUACGUGAUCUAAAACGACAAUGUUAUGGGAACAGUUGUGAUGGGUCUUCUUUUCUCCUUGGAUUACAUCGUAUCCAAUUCUCUGUUCUCCCUUCUGAUAUGGCUAACAGUCAUAAUUCCUGUAAAUUUUGGGUGAUUGUUGGGCAAGAAAUAUCUUUAGAAAUGAGAUCAGCAAUACCUA